AGUGUUAAAUGCAACAAAUCUAUUCUUGAGAUGGUCUCUAAACUCAGGUGAGAUAUACUCAUGGUUGUACUUUGGCUCUAGUGGACUUGCUCUAAUUUUCUUCAGCUUCAACUUGAACUUGCAAAUGGGCAGAUGUAGUAAAUUUGUUUCCUGUAUUUCCAUACGGUGAGGUCCACAUGUAUAGUCAUCAUUUAUGUGGUUGAAAAAAGAUUUAUGCAAUGAAUAAGUCAUUGAUCUUCCAAAAUUCUAUCAUGCGAACUCUGGUGUCAUUUCUAUCACCAAGACCAUAUUUUCCAACUUCCAAUUCCUCUUUGUUUACAGAUUUCACAUAUCAAUCGUCAGUAAUUAUCAAUGCAUCUUGAUUGCAGGUUUGAUCAAUUUCAAACUGCAGAAGGUGAAAAUUCUCAGUUUCCUCAUCUUUGGGAUUAGUGGUUGGUGUAUAAUUUUGAAUAAUAGUUGUAUUAUCUUAUUUUUCUUGUUGGUGGAUGGAAAGAAUCCUAUCACUAACAAAAUGGUACUUCAGGACAGUUCUUGAAAUGCCCUCUUUGACAAUGAAAGUGAUGCCAUUCCCCUUCAAUUUGUCAUUCCAGGCAGGGUAAACUGUAUGAUUGUCUGAUUCAAAAUGGCUAAUAGCAGUCCAUUUCAGCUCAGUAAUGCCUAAGAUGUGAACGUUUAUGUGUUCCAUUUCAUUUUGAUGACUUCCAAUUUUCCUAGAUUUGUACUUGAUACAUUCCAUAUUCCGAUUAUUAAUGGAUGUUUUCAGCUGUUUCUUCUCAUUUUGAGUCAUGCCACAUCAGCAAACAAAGGCCCCUAAACCUUGAUAAAACACAGAUUGUGCUUCUGCAAGUCUGGGUGGGUUAAGGUUACUGCACGCUUAAGAAGUUCCCAGGUUAUGCUGAUCCUGCUGGCCCCAGGACCACACUUUGAGUAACCAGGCUAGAGUGGGUACAACUUUGGGUCUCUGUUUAGGCUUCCAGAUAGAACUGGCAGCAAAGGAAAGAAUGGAACUGUUUAGAAUUCCCCAAGUGAAGAAAAGUAGACAAAGAUAGUAUUAAAUUAAUUCUUCCAUUUCCAAUGAAAGGCAACCACAUUUCUGUGUUGUUGGUUUGCUGAUAACUCAAUGGUGCUUUACGUCUGUCCUGGUAGGUAUUUCAUCCACAUGGAAUCAGCAAAUCACACACGCACUUCAAAAUUUCUUCUUCUGGGAUUUUCAGCAAAGUUAGAGAUUCAGCUCAUUCUCUUUGGGCUGUUUCUAUCCAUGUACCUGGUCACCUUCACUGGAAACCUGCUCAUCAUCCUGGCCGUCAGCUCUGACUCCCAUCUCCAUACACCUAUGUACUUCUUCCUCUCCAACCUGUCAUUUGUUGACAUCUGUUUCACCUCUACCACUAUACCAAAGAUGCUGGUGAACAUCCAGAUGCAGAGCAGAUCUAUCCUCUAUGAAGGCUGUCUCACCCAGAUUUUUUUUUUCAUUGUUUUUGGAUGCCUGGACAAUUUACUCCUGACUGUGAUGGCCUAUGACCGCUUCGUGGCAAUCUGUCACCCCCUGAACUACAUGGUCAUCAUGAACCCCCAGCUCUGUAUAUUGCUAGUUCUGGGGUCCUGGUGUCUCAGUGUCAUGGGCUCCCUUGCAGAACUUUUGCCACUUCUGAGGCUGUCCUUCUGCACACACAUAGAAAUCCCCCACUUUUUUUGUGAUCCUCCUGAAGUCCUGAAACUCGCCUGUUCUGAUACUUUCAUCAAUAACAUUGUGGUGUAUUUGGUGACUGGCUUCCUGGCCUUCAUUCCUUUCAGCGGAAUACUUUUCUCUUAUUCUCAGAUUGCCUUCUCCGUACUGACAAUUUCAUCAGCUGGGGGCAAGUAUAAAGCCUUUUCUACUUGUGGAUCUCACCUCUCUGUCAUCUCCUUGUUCUAUGGCACAGGCUUUGGGGUCUACCUCAGCUCUGCAGCUAUACCAUCCUCUAGGAAAAAUAUGAUGGCCUCAGUGAUGUACACUCUGGUCACACCCAUGUUGAACCCUUUCAUCUAUAGCCUGAGGAACAGGGACAUUAAAGGUGCCCUAGGGAGACUUCUUAGAAGGGCAGCUGCCUCUCACUGAUGGAUCUGUUGGAGGGCCAUCAUGAAUAGCAGGGCUAAGACCACUAAGGACCAGAAUUCCUGGCCUCUUUCAUCCAACAUUUUGACACUGUGCAGUUUUAUGUAUUUUAACACAACUCUUUCCUUGGGUCUUCCUUUGGCACUUUUCCUGCUCUCUCUACUGAUCAUAAAGUUAUAUGUUGGGUAUCCUUUACACUUUCUCAUAGAACUUAGAUGUAUCCAAGCAACUUCUUAUCCUCCUCUAUUUUUGGAAUUAAUAUAACUUACCAUGUCUCGAUUUUAACUAUUUUCUAAGACACUCUUUCAUCAGUACCAUCUUCAAAUGCACACUAUGGUCGGAGCACCAAACCUGGCCCUUUAUCUGUUUUUGUAAAUAAAGUUUUAUUGGAACUCAGCCAUGCACAUUGGUGUAUGUGCUGUCUAUGGCUGCUUCCCCUUUGCAACAGCAGAGCUGUGUCGUUGCCACAGAGACUGCCUGUCCUGCAGAGCCUGACAUAUUUACCAUCUGGCCCUUUACUGGAAAAUGUUGUCAAACCUUUGAAUUAAAGUGUCCCAAUCUCAGGGAGGUGGGUCAACAAGUGGAGGAGUAGUCAGACACUUCCAGUGAGACCUCUUACAACAAAGACCCAAAACAACAAGUGAAACGAUUAUAUAUAUGACAAGCUAGGAGCCCUGAACAUCAGAGGCAAAGUUAUAAAAUGAACUGAGUGGAAGGGAGAGGGAGAGAUGGUUCAGAAAUGGUGACGAGUUGCUGGACCUGACUUGGCGGAAACCAGCACCCCUCAGGUACGCUCCCCUGGAGCCACCACAGCGAGGCUGGUGGUAGCAUUCUGGGCACGGUUUCCUCAGGGAGAGACAAUUAGCUGCACAGCCUACUAACACCUCCGGAACCAGAGAAUAAGGGUGCUCUCAGCAAAAGCUAAGUAUUUACAUUUAUUUUACUGUGCUCACAGCCCCCAAGCUGGCUUCAAUGGCUGCCAAUUUCCCUGGGCCUGAGUUAGGUCCUGCUGCAUGUCCUGAGACAUUCUCCCUGUUUUAGAAAAGGAAUAAAUUAACAAUAGGGGGCAAAGAUCAUCUGCCGGAUCCACUAAGCUGGGGAGCUCAGGACAGAAGUGGUUCCUGUCCAGGCACAAAUGGUCCACAGACUUUGAAUACAUUUCACCUCUGCAUGGACAUGUGUGGGCCCAUUUCAGUAGAAUAGACCCUUGUUGGCAGACUGCAACUGUUUUAC